GGAAGCGGCGUCUGCACGGUCCCUGUGCUGCAGGCUGCAGAGAUGCUGCGUGCGGGGUGGCUGCGGCUGUGUGCUGUGCUCUGCGGUCUCCUGCUUGGCCAGGCCGAGGCCCCGAGCCCCGGGGUGCCGCCGGAGCGGAGCCGGCCCUACGCGGUGCUGCGUGGGCAGAACCUCGUGUUGAUGGGAACCAUUUUUAGCAUCCUGCUGGUGACCGUCAUCCUCAUGGCAUUCUGUGUCUACAAGCCCAUUCGCCGUCGGUGACAGCCAUACAGGAGCGUCCUGCUGCAAGUCUCUGGGACAGGAUAAGUUGGGUUGCACGAGGGCCAAUGGAGGAGGUGGAAUCAGAACUUCUAGGAAGUGAUCUUUGAUCUGGGCAGGUGGUCAAUGCUACAGGGUUUAGAAGAGCAUCUAGUAGUAAUUGUUCCUCUAACAUCAGUUAUUGGCUACUGAGUCGGCUGCUUGAUUUUUUUGUUUCUUUUUGUUUGGCUGUACUGAUUAAAAGUAAAGCCUGAAGCUCCAGGGUUCCCUGUGAAGACGUGUUCAGAAGAACCGCUAAUCACUAAUGCUUGAAAUAGUCAAAGGAAGAUGCAACAUGCCCACCUCCCUGCUCUCAACUGUACUGUCAGUAUAUCGACCGCACGUGGGGCCGACAGCCCGGCAUUCAGGCACUUGCCAACAAGCCUGAUUUGGUUCCUGGAACUCACCUGGUGGAAGGAGAGAGCCGACACCUGUGGGUUGUUUUCUGACCUCCACCCAGGAAUAAGUAAAUUAAAAAAGCCAACAGCACACUUUUGCUCUACUGAGUUGCCCUAGGAUACCCUGGUUGUCACGUUAGUGCUGACAGUGGGGGAGUUUUGCCAUCAUUUCCUGCUGCAUCGGCUCUGAGCCAAAGUUGCAUCCUAGGUCUGUGGUCACGUGCCCCCGGCCUGGGAGGCUCUGGGCUGCACUUGUCUUUUGGAAGAGCAGUUCUGCCUGACCUGACAUAUUCAUGUCCCUCUCACCCAUGGCCUAAAGCUGGCAAUAGUCUCUCGGAUGGGAACCCGAGCCUUCAAUCUCCUUUUCUCCCCGGGUGUAGAGGGUUCAACCGCGUGUGCAGGCUGCUGUGCUUACGAGCUUUCAAGUGCUGCUACUGAACCAGAUUGCCCUGCUGAUUCUUGCCACUGUUAGAGUGGCUAUUACUAUUUAUUUUAAAGCUGCUAGAUUUAAUUUUGUUAUAAGGCUGUAGCGUUUAAUGUGUUUCCCUCAUAGGACUGGCCUUGUUUUGUUUUAAUUUAAUAACCUGCACUGAUGUGAAUUAACUGAUGAACACUGUAACUAUUGGGGUCUUGUGUGUAACCUUGUAACACUGAGCCAUUAAAAUGUCACUGAAAAUUCAA